AUGAACAGAAACACAGCUGCUCUUACUGGGGCUACAGAGAGAGCAGAGCCUGACCCCAUGCUGGUCUCAGAGGUCAGGGGUGGCACAUCCGGGCCCCAGACGACGACCCCGGCCCGGUCCCGCCCCUCCCUUCCCCGGCUGGAGCCCGAGCCGCAGCCCCCCCCCCCUUCGCGCGCGGAGCCCCGGCAUUGGCGGGGCCGCGGGGGCCAGGCCGCUCGGAGGGUCCCGUCCCGUCCCGUCGGUCCCUCCGUCCCGUCCCGUCGGUCCCUCCGUCCCGUCCCGUCGGUCCCUCCGUCGGCCGCCAGGCGCCCCAGGCCGCUCCGCGGGAAGCGGCCCGGACGCAGGCGGGCGCGCGGCGGCCCCAGGUCACUCACCGUGUCCGGUCGGACGCCGCUGCCCCGGCCCCGCUGGGCCCGGCCUGAAAUAGCCGCAGGCCCCGCCCCCGCCCGCCCGCCCCGCCCGCCGCGGUCAGCGCGGAAAACCCGCGGGCGGAGCCCGGCGGCCCGGGCGGGCGCCGUCCCCCCGCCGGCCGGCCAUUGUCCACACCGGCCCGACCGGCUGCCAAGGCCACGGCCGCGUCACAGCCGGGGCCGGGGAGCCGCCCGCCCCCGCCCUCGGGGACCCCCUGACCUCGGGGAGCCCUCUGACCUCGGAGAGAUCCCCGCUUGGGGAGACCCCAGCUCUCGGGGAGCCGCCCGCCUCCACCCGGGGAGCCCGCCCGUCCCCGCCCUCGGGCACCCCCCGCCCUCGGGGACCCCCUGCCCUCAAGGAGCCCGUCCCCGCCCUCGGGCACCCCCUGCCCUCGGGGACCCCCUGCCCUCGGGGACCCCCGCCCUCGGGGACCCCCUGCCCUCAAGGAGCCCGUCCCCGCCCUCGGGGACCCCCGCCCUCGGGGACCCCCUGCCCUCGGGGACCCCCGCCCUCGGGGACCCCCUGCCCUCAAGGAGCCCGUCCCCGCCCUCGGGGACCCCCGCCCUCGCCGGCCCAGGGCCCGGGAUGCUCCUGGGGCACAGCGGCGGCCGCACAGGCCCCCUGGGCUCCGCAGGACGGGGCCGGGGCUUCCUCUUCCUCGGUCCGGGUCGUGUCUGCGAGGCCCCCUGCCCUGGGGCCCUGAAGACCCCCGCUUCCGGCUGCCCCUCCGGCCGCCCAAGCCCCCAGAAGGCGAACAUCUGGAGCCACUCACAGGAGCUGCUGCAUCCCUCCCCCGGCUCCAGGGCCUGA